AUGUCUAGCUGUAUCGUGGGCUUUAUAACGUCCCACAAAUUAACGAGGGUUACGAAGCACCAUUUUGAGUUGUUUGUCGCCUGGAUCGUCGUAGUACCGCACGAUGUGCUCGAGAUCGUGCAAGAGGCCGCCACGGAAAUGGUCAAGUGCGUUAUGUACUACUUUUGCUACGAUCGCGUGACCUUGGCGGGGUACUGGAUUAGCGAGCAACACGGACAAACGAUUCGAUGGCCAGACCGGACGUCACCGGAUGUACUGGACGCUGCGGACACCAAUACGGAUCUGAAGGGGCAGCAGCUGAUCUUUCUUAGCACGGAUAUGGGUCGCGAUGUUACGUACGAUGUGGCGAUUGGGGAAACGAUCGCUCAACGUCACAACGGGAGGUUCCGCAUGGCAGUUGGUCUGAUGGAGUGUCCCGAUUAUAUGUACGGGCCGAUGUACACGAACACGUAUGGUCGCUUCCUGAUGUUGCCCGAAACGUUCCAGAUGUGCUUCCUGGUGCCACGAAGCACCAGGAAGUCCAUCUUUUCCGUACUGCUCGAUCCGUUUGAUCUGCCCAGCUGGAUGGUGCUGUUGGCCACGGUUUGCACGAUGUCGAUCGUACUUUCGAUGGCUGGCGAGUCGUACCGGCGUUACAGCUUCCCGCUGAUUGUGCUGGAACUGGUGAUGAGUGUCAUCAAUGGGCCGACGCACAAGUUUGAUGGCCGCUUCGAGCUACGCAUCAUCGGAUUGUACAUGAUGAUGAGUAUCGUGUUGCUGUCGUGCUACCAAUCGUUGGUCAUCUCGUUCAUGGCGGUUGCCCGCUACUAUCCCGAGUUGGACACGAUCGAGCAGAUCAACGAGACGUGCCAGUUCCAGUUCAAUCCGUACCUCCAGGUCCUUGGUUUCAAGUUUCGGCACAAUUUUCAAACAUUCGAGUACGUCCGGUCGCAGGAGACGAUGUGGCGACACAAGGUGUGCAGGAUGGUGCCAUGCUACGACCUGAUAUCGGCACACUCGACCGUACCGCUGGUGGGGAGGAAUGAUCGUGAGGAGGUGCAACACGUUAUGCAGCUCUUUCGCUUCUCGAAAGCACGGCUACACUCGUCCAACGUCAUGUAUCUGAUCUUUCACAGCUCAACGUUGCGUCCGCUUAUCGAACGGUACACGGCGAGGUUCCUUGAAGCGCACCUGCACCACUACCCCAUGCUGCUGAACGGAAUGCCAGGUGCCCUUCAGGAUGAAAGUGGACCACCGUUGCGCGUGCUGGCUGCGACCGCCGAGGAACUGAUGAUCGUGUGGCUUAUCUAUUUACUUGGGUGCCUGGUGAGUAGUGGGUGGUUUCUGCUGGAAGUGCUUUCCGUUUGCAUUCCUCGGGCUGCACGGGUUUUGAGGGCCAGUGUGCUUAACGUAUGGAGGAGAGUAAGGUCACGAGCGAUUCGGAAUGCGGCUAGCGGAAGAAAAGCGGCGGUUUAG